AUGAAAUCUCUUUUUUUAAUCAGUUUUGUUUGGUGUAAAACUUCAUUAAUACAAGGUAUUAUACAUCAUAUGAACAAUAUUAUUAUAGAGAAUACAUUGGUUGCUUUGACUAUACUUGUAUUUUCUUUAUUCAUUUUAACAAGAGGUCUUAGAUUUAAAUUUGUUUCAGUUUCCGCUUUACUAGCCCUUUUAAUUUCAUUUUCCCAUACGGCAAUUCUUGCCCAUAUCCAGAAUAGUACAAUACGCUCGUACAUUUUAUUUGCUUUGAAUCAUAAAGUCCUGUUUGUCCUUUGUUCCUUUGCUGGUGCUUAUUUACUUUUGGGUGUUUUUGAUUUUUUGAUAUAUUUACUGUUUUUAUAUCUAAUAUUCUGGUUACAUGACUCUAUCAAUGCGGGAGAUUUUAGUAUUUACUUGAGUGUUUUUUUUAUAUUUGCAGGAUUUGCUGUACAUUUCCUUGUUAAAAGUGUAAAAAAUGUUGUUUUGGCGAGUUUCUUUUCUAUUAUCGGUUCAUUUAUGCUGUUAUUUAGUUUUGAAUAUUUUAUGAAGAAAAAAUAUGGAUUUUUGGAUAUUUAUAUUAAUUACUUAAAUGGUAUUUGGAAUACUAAAACAUUUAAGUGUCUUAUUAUUCAAGGAUCUAUAUGUAUUAUGAGUUCUAUCUUUCAGAUUAUUACUAAGACAAAAUAA